AUGGAUUUAUCACUGCAAGAACAUGAUUCAACACAAUUCUGUUAUCCUGAAGCGAACAACUCUUGCGUUAAAGCCACACACAGUGUAACCUCACAGACAGUGUUGUAUCUCAUUUUGGUUUCGGCGAUGGUCGUGACUAUUCUUGGAAAUACUGUGGUCAUCAUCUCCAUAGCGCACUUCAAACAGCUCCAAACACCGACCAACAUCCUGGUGAUGUCUCUGGCUCUAGCAGACCUGUUGCUUGGAUUAGUAGUCAUGCCUUUCAGUAUUAUUCGUUCGGUGACUGGCUGCUGGUUCUAUGGAGAUGCCAUCUGUUUGCUUCACUCCAGUUUUGAUAUGUUCCUCUCAACUGUGUCUCUUUUUCAUCUAAUGUUCAUUGCUAUUGAUCGAUACCAGGCUGUGUGUUAUCCGCUUCAGUACUCUACAAGAAUAACCAUACCUGUUGCAUGGGUCAUGGUGCUGUUAAUUUGGACUGUAGUUGCAGUGUAUUCUUAUGGCUUACUAUACUCAAAGGCUAAUGUGAAAGGGCUGGAUGAAUACAUAGAAUCGAUAUACUGUAUGGGAAGUUGUAUCCUCCUUUUCAAUGCAUUGUGGGGGGCUCUAGAUACAUUAAUGACGUUCUUCCUGCCUUGUUCUGUUAUGGUUGGACUGUAUGCCAGAAUUUUCUUAACUGCAAAAAAGCAUGUAAGAAAAAUUGGUGAGGCAAACCAGCAUGAAAAUGAGAGUAUGUUUCAGAAUUCUCGACGAUCUGAGUGCAAAGCGGCAAAAACUCUUGGUGUGGUUGUGGGUGCCUUUAUCAUCUGCUGGUUGCCAUUUUUUGUUAACUCUUUGGUUGACCCCUACAUUAACUUUUCUACCCCAGCUGCACUCUUUGAAGUGUUUCUCUGGUUUGGGUACUUGAAUUCCACCUUAAACCCCAUCAUAUAUGGCCUUUUCUACCCAUGGUUUAGAAAAACCCUUUCCCUCAUUAUAACAAUGCGAAUAUUUGAACCUAACUCUUCUGACAUCAAUGUUUUCACUGUUUGA